GGAUUGGACAGAAGUUGUGUCCGUGCAUGUGUAACUACUGUUCCUUCUAAUCCCUUGUGUGUGUGUGUGUGCUGUGUAUAGUUCCGCGUAUAUUACAUAUAACCGAAGCUGUGCGCAGACGCAGUUGACAGUAGUCGUCGUUCUGAGCAGAGCUUGUGCGUUCACAAACAGGAAGGAAAGAGUGAGAAAGAAAAUGGGGGAAUCUGAGAAACGGAGCGACCUGGAAGAGAACCUGAAGCCAUUCUACCAACGUGCUUCUGAAGCCGAGGAACGCUUAUCCAGACUUGAAGCUGCCCUGGCUACCAAGAAGGAUUCUGAAAAUGAAGAUCAUUUGAAGUUGAUAAGUGAACUUCAGUCACGGCUAGAAGAGGCAGGUGCAGAGCUGGUUGCAGAACGAGAAAAGGCACAUAAGCUUGCGGUGGAAAAUGCAAAACUUGAGUAUCGUAUAAUCCAUCUUGCCAGGGCAGCAAAGGAGGCAGAUCUCAAGUUGGAGCAAAUGGAGAAGUCUUGAUGGGGGAAGCAGCUGGAUGCCUUGAAAUCCGAGGAUCCUGGCACUGGUACUUGAGCUGAGAAAAGCAAUUUGUGGUACUUCUCUUACUCUAGGUCAAUAACUCAAGGAAACCCAAAUACAUAAAUUAGAAUGCCAAUGCCGAUUGCCCCAUAUGUCAUAUUUUUGUUAAGCGGUCUUGUUAUGCAUGUUCAUCUGGGGAUUGCCUUUUUAUAGAACAUGGUCCAUGUGAUCAAACACUUGCAUAGAUUUGUUGAUCUAAAGGAUGGUCCUUGAUGAUCUCGAUCCAAAUCGAAGCAUUCUUCCAUUUCUUUCAAUUGACAUGGUUAACCAAUAAAGUGCUUGUUUUUGGGAGACA